AUGACGUUUUUUUUGCUCUUUUGUUCUCCGUGGAGUGGCUGCGUUGGCUUCCUUUCUGGGUUCCCAAAGAGCCAAUCGCUGGUGAGGGGUCUCCAUCUUGACGCUAUGAAGAUAGCCACCGCCUCUUCUGCUCAAGGGGAUGACAAGUAUGCGGCACCAAACGAGAAUCAGAAGCAUGCAAAAACUGGUGUUCGGCACCUGAUUGUUAAUGGCAUGAAUUUUUCUUCUAAGCAUAGUUUUUGUAUCGAGGAUUUUGUUGACAAGGCGAGGAGACCAGCCUCGAGGGGGCUCCAAGAUCUCCCUAAUAAUUCUCCUAUGGAACGUUCGUGGGCUUGGCAACUGAUGAACGUAGAUCUUUCUUUGGAAUUUUCUUCAGGUUUAAAAGGCCAAUCUUGGUCUCCCUUACUUGUCAGUUGGGGUUCUGGAUCAAGAAAAUUGGAGGUGGCGGUUGGUGUUUUGGCUGGAUCUAUUAUGAUGCUCACAAUACGUUUUUGA